GUCGGCUGCGGGGCGGGGUCCGACCCGAACGAGCUUCUCUCGGCCGAGGCGCCUCGGGCUUCCCUGGGCUAGCAGGAGGCGGCGGAGGCGGACGCUGGACACUGGACAUUGCCCAGUCUAUGGAGAGAGCCACCAGACUCUGAGACCGCGGCGCGCAGGAGGCGAGCUCAGCCCCGGGCUUGGUUGGCUGUGGUCAGCGUCUGGGGGCUGUACCAGGAGGCUGCGCGGGUCCUCUCCGUCUCCGCCAUGGGGGACGUUCUGUCCACGCACCUGGACGACAGCCGGCGCCAAUACAUCGCAGAGAAAACUGGGAAGAUCCUGAAAGACUUCUUCCAGUUCUAUGAAGACCAGUAUGGAGUCGCUCUCUUUAACAGCAUGCGCUAUGAGAUUGAAGGCCCUGGGGGGCCCCAGGCCCAGCUGCUCUGGCGGAAGGUGCCUUUGGACGAACGAGUCAUCUUCUCUGGGAACCUGUUUCAGUACCUGGAAGACAGUAAGAAGUGGAGGAACCGCUUUAGCCUUGUGCCACACAACUAUGGGCUUGUGCUCUAUGAGAACAAAGCUGCCUAUGAGAGACAGAUCCCACCCCGAGCCAUCAUCAACAGCGCAGGCUAUAAAAUCCUCACCUCAGUGGAUCACUACCUAGAACUUGUCGGUAACUCUUUACCAGGGCCAGCCCCCAAAUCUGGUGCUGCUCCAAUUCUGAAGUGCCCUACCCAGUACCCCCUGAUCCUCUGGCAUCCGUAUUCUCGACACUAUUACUUCUGUGUGAUGACAGAGCCCGAGCAGGAGAAGUGGCUGGCCGUGUUCCAGGACUGUGUCCGGCACUGCAACAAUGGCAUCCCCGAGGAUUCCAAGGUAGAGGGCCCAGCAUUCACUGAUGCCAUCCGCAUGUACCGUCAGUCGAAGGAGCAGUAUGGUACCUGGGAGAUGCUCUGUGGAAAUGAGGUGCAGAUCUUGAGCAACCUGGUGAUGGAGGAGCUGGGACCUGAACUGAAGAGUGUGAUAAGCCCCCGGAUGAAAGGCAAACCCCAGGAGAGGCAAAGGCAGUGGAUACAGAUCUCAGAUGCUGUGUACAGGAUGGUCUACGAGCAGACCCAAGCCCACUUUGAGGCUGUGGCCGCCAAAUGUGCGAUGGCCCGGCCAGCCAUGGAGAGCGUCAUCCGCACAGAUAUGGACCAGAUCAUUACCUCCAAAGAGCACUUGGCCAGCAAAAUCCGAGCCUUUAUUCUCCCCAAAGCUGAGGUCUGCGUCCGAAACCAUGUGCAGCCUUACAUCCCCUCCAUCCUGGAGGCCUUGAUGAUCCCCACCAGCCAAGGCUUCACUGAAGUUCGGGAUGUCUUCUUCAAGGAGGUCACAGACAUGAACCUGAAUGUCAUCAAUGAAGGAGGGAUUGACAAGCUUGGAGAGUACAUGGAGAAGCUUUCCCAGCUGGCGUACCACCCGGUCAAGAUGCAGAGCUGCUACGAGAAGAUGGACCAGCUGAAGCUUGAAGGGCUGCAGCAGCGAUUUGACGUCUCCAGUGCGUCUGUAUUCAAACAGAGAGCUCAGAUCCACAUGCGGGAGCAAAUGGACAAUGCUGUCUAUACCUUUGAGACUCUCCUGCACCAGGAGCUAGGGAAGGGACCCACCAAGGAGGAGCUGUGCAAAUCUAUCCAGCGCAUCCUGGAGCGCGUGCUGAAGAAAUAUGACUAUGACAGCAGUACAGUACGGAAGAAAUUCUUCCGGGAAGCCUUGCUGCAGAUCACCAUCCCAUUCCUGCUGAAGAAACUAGCCCCUACCUGCAAGUCGGAGCUUCCCAGGUUCCAGGAAUUGAUCUUUGAAGACUUUGCCAGGUUCAUCCUGGUGGAGAACACAUAUGAAGAGGUCGUGCUGCAGACAGUCAUGAAGGACAUCAUGCAGGCUGUGAAGGAGGCUGCGGUGCAGCGGAAGCACAAUCUUUACAGGGACAGCAUGGUGAUGCACAACAGUGACCCCAACCUCCACCUGCUGGCUGAGGGUGUCCCCAUUGACUGGGGAGAGGAAUAUAGCAGCGGCAGCCCCGGGGAGGCAGACCUGUCGGCUGAAAAACGGCGACGGGCCAAGCAAGUGGUCUCAGUGAUCCACGAUGAUGAGGCCGGGCUGCCCUAUGAGCCGUGCCCAGAAAUGCUGUCCCCAGGAGUGCCUGAGAAGGAGCCAGUCCCCUACCCUGCAUCCCCAGACAGCGUCACAGAGCUACGGGGCCUGCUGGCCAAGGAGCUCCAGGUGGAAAGCCCCCAGUCCGCUGCUGAGCCACUCACUAAUGGCACAUCCCCUAGAGAGAGCCCCCAGCCCCUGGAGGCUGAGAGGGAGAAAAGUCCUAGCCAACAGGCAUCUCCCCUCAACCACACCCGCCAUGAGCCAGCACCCACCAUCCCAGGUGAGGAGGCCAUCUCACCUCCCGCUACUCCCAUCCGACGUCUCCCCUCUGAGGAAGAAGCAGACAGUGAUCGCCCCAAGCCCAGUGACAAGGAGACUGGGGAGGAGGUAUCUGGCCAGGGGAAUAACCCCUAUGUCCAAACCACCACAGAAGACAGCACAGAUGUGCAGACUGAGUUUUAGGCCAGCGCCUCUCCACUCCCCACCCCAUGGAUUCUGGAUUUUGGUCAGGUGUGUGCUCGAUGUGAAGCCCUAGCUACUCCACAGCCCCCAUCUCCAACCCACCCCGCCAGCAGCGGACAUUUAAUACUGCUCAUCUUUUGGAAUGUGACUGACUGUGGAAUGGAAGCAAGCCAGGCUGGACAGGGGGCGGAUCUAUUGUAAACGUGUUUUCUUCGGGAGUAAGAAGGGACUGGAGGGUGGAGGGAUAAAUGGAACCCAAGCUAAAUGUAAGCCUGGCUCACGUCGCAACCCCUUCCUUGUCCCCUGUGUCCCUUUUUCUGUUUGAGAUUGAGAGGAAGGGAGAGAAGACACCAUCUGACCGCAGCGGCAAGACUUACUGUCAAGAUUUUCCCUUGUCAGCUGGGGCAGAGGAAGGUGCGAGGGAGUCAGGAGGAAACUGGUGCCCAUCCCCAGCUCUUUCCCUGAGCCGUGCUCACUGCCCCCCUGUUGACAUCAUGCUAUUAGUCCCUUUCUAAAGAUUGCAGCCUAUCUGGGAAGCGGCCCUUUUCUAGCAAAAAGCUUGCUUCCUUUUCUCCUCCUUCCCAUCCCCGCAAGGAGUAGGAGAGGGGCAAGAAAAAGAAGCCAAAGUGUUCUAGAAUUCAUUCAAGGCCAAGUGGCUCCUGAGAGUGGAGGAGGAACAGCUGAUCUAGCUUCCUUGAGUACCGAGCUACCCUGUCUUAGCCUCGCCUUUUCCCCAGGCACAUGAAGCCUCUGGCCAUCAACUGUUUCCAGCUGGAGGAACUGGCUAUGAGUGAUGUCCUCAGUAUCCACUGGCCUUCUAAGCCAGCAAGUUACCUGUCUUCCAAAGGGAGGUGGGAUGAUAGCCAUGGCAGCAGCUGCUUGAUCUAAACCAGCUCCCCACAUGAAAACUCUGUCUUGUUAGGACUGGUACUGCCGGGAGUGGCUGCUAACUCUGCAUAGAUGUAUACGUAGCGGGUAAGGAUGGACAGGGACAUAGCCUCAUUUUCUAGUUCUGGGAGAUAGAGUUUUGUUGGGUGUUGGGGGGAGGGAGAAAGGUUAUUCCCUUGGUCCAUUCUAAUAGUUCUUAAGGAAACAAUUCAUCCAUUAGACUGUAUCAGGAGGAGACUUUAAGCCUAGGGUUGAGGAAGAGAAAUUGUCCAGUGCAUGAGUUCUGAAGGAAGGAGUGUUUUAGAUGCUAGGUCUCGUCACAAGGCAAAUAUCACUUGUCUUGAAGUUGGGGUUGUAGUUGAAGUGGUGGGUUAGGUCUUAACAUGUGACUUGGGAGGUUGAAGGUGGCAAUUAAAGUGUCGGGUGGGAGGAAGGGAUUUGGCCAGGGAUAGAGGGGGGUGCUUUUACAAGGGGUGAGCUGGGAGAAGUUAGUUUGUGUGACAUAGGAAUGAAGCCAGGAAGGCACGUAAGGAUGUGAACUAGGAAUAGAGUCAGGAGGAUGUGCAGAGAGUGUAUGACCUGUGGCAUCCUAAGGCUGUAUGGGACCUCAGGAAAGGAGGAAGCCUUGGGUACAGGGAGUAGCUCUCCUGGAGGAACGGCAAAGAGGGGAAGCCUAUGUUUAGGUGGGUGGUCUGAUCAGGAGUGGAGAGAAUUCCAGCCAUCCUGGAUUAGAGAAGUAGAGGCAAGUGUUAUCUGGAUUUCCAUGAGGACAGUACUGCAUUGUGUCACUGGUAGAAUCGUACGGUGAGGAAAUUGUACGGAAUUACUUGUCCCAUCUACUUCCCUUGGUCACCAAGCCGGCCUCAGCAUGAUCCCCAUCCCAUUUUUGGAACUUGGGGUUUUGUUUUGCAUGUGAUAAGUUAUUUGGGGUUGUCUCUACAUGUUUUUCUCUUCCUCUGUGCAUUAUCAUUUCUUAUGGGGAAGAGGCCGUGAUCUCUUGCCUUUAAAAAAAUAAUUGGCCAUGGUCAGUUGCCUUUUUGAGAAAGCAAAGGCCGAAGAGUUGAAUCUGCUUGGGCAAGGGGAUCUUUUCUAUAUUUCACCCCCAGCUAAUCUGAGAGAAUAAUGCUUCAUGCCUUCCCAGUACCCAGAUCUCACAUGUCCACACAAAUAAAAAUUGACUUUUGGGGAACUGUGGAUUCACUGACUACUACCAGGGCCUACUAAUUGCUUGUGGAUGGAGCCUCCCAAGCUCCUGCUGAGAUUUUUGCAUCCCAGGCAUGUGACUCAGAGGUUCUCAGUAUCAGCUUUGGUCUGGCACACACACAGUACACUCACCAGGUGAUCUUAGUCACUGCGUCCGCUCAGUCCAAGCCUGCCUGGCUUUUUUUAUACAUCAUCAUGUGUUAACUCUUGGCACGGCAGUUGACUUCCGUUUUUAUCAGAUCCUUAUUCCUAAAAAGUUAUUCUGGAUUUGGGAGGAGUGAGAUCAUGGUAAGUCCUUUGUGAGCUCUGCUAGAAUCCAUCUGUACUCACAGACACCCCCUGACCAGUGACCACUGUACUUGGUCACAUUCCCCUUCUAAUAGGAAAGAAAACCAAGGAAAAGACUGGCUUCUUCAGGAUGUGGCUUGGAUGCAGGCCAGGGAAGGAAAUUCUCUACCCCCCCCCUUAGUCCCUCCCUUCCCUCCCCCCUCCCCCAGACCCAUCACAUCCUGUGUUGGAGCAAACCAACUUCCUGAGGCUGGGGGCAAGUUAGGGGCUGGUUCACAUUUCCAUCCUGGGCAAAAGUCUUGGGAACAUGGGGAGGAGCCAGAGAAUCCUUUCAAGGGCAGUGCAAAGCCAUGUGGCCUAGUGAGUGCUGAAACACAGGGUUCUGGAAUUAACUCCCUGAAAUGGACAGCUGAUACUUCUAAGCACACUAUGAAUCUAACCUGAUUCUUCUACAGACAUUCCGUUUUUAAAAAUGCCUUGUAAACUUUGUUUUCCUUUUUCUUACUAGGGGGUCCAGCCUGAACCACUCAGGACCCCCUUACAAGUGCCUUCCCUUGGGUUAUUUCCAAUCUGCCUCUUUCAAGAUAUUGUAUUGAAAAUAUUAUACAAAAUGUUUAUGCUCAUACUAAUUAAUAAAUGCUUUAUUUAAAGCCAGACCCAUUGUCUGCUGCUUCAGGAGAGGAGGGGAGAAGACACGCUCAGAUUGCUAAACUCCCUUUGUGGGAAGGGUCAGGCUUUUGUCACGUAUUGUUCUAAGUCUUGGAUCUGGCCUAUGCUUAGAACAGAACCUGGAACUGUAUAGGUGGGAGGGGGGCCUUUGGCGAACAAGGCAUGA